GUCUCUCCCCCCUCUCCCCUCCGUUCUCCUGCCCUCUCGUCCAUCCCCUCCUUCUCCUGCCGGUGUUUCCGUGCGUGGCGCCCAUUGGCUGCCGGUAUCCGUGUCCCGGUAGCCGCCACUCCACUCCACGCCGUCUGCCCGAGCCCGGCAGACGAGCCCCCCCCACUCCCGCAGAUGGAGAGGGCAGCGGGGGGGGGGGGGGGGGUGGGAAGAAAGACCCGCCGACGUGAGGGCGAGGGACGGCGCAUCCCCGGGCGGCCACCAGCGGGCACGGGAGUGGGCCCCAGUCCCACACCGGUCACGGAGGGGGCGAUGGGCAGGUCCAGGAGGAAGGACUUGCGUCUCCGGUAGUGCGUGGUGGGACUCGCUCCCUCCUGGGACCGCUUUGCUCAAUUGCUUUUUAAGAAAGGGGAAGGGGGGAAAACAUGACACGGCUUCUCCCGGUGAAGCAGAGGAAAAUGUACCUCCCGACGACACAUAAAUGUAUGGACCAGCUAUGUUCUGGCAGCACCUGUUAGGGGAUCCCAAGCCUCUUGCAACAGGUGCUAUCCACAUCCAGGGACAGACCCCAAGCAGAUGCCAUCACACUGUCAGUCUGAGGCCAAGGUUCCUCAUCAAUUCCUACCUAUGUGGGUGCUGCCAAAAUGGCCAGCAGAGUGGAUCCAACCCAGAUGAGGCACUGGUGUCCAGUGGUUGUUCUGCCAAGCCAGCCAGAAUGGGUGAUACAGCGUUUGAGCUGGUAGAUGAUUGCUAACUGAUCCUGCAAGGACACUGCCCCCCACCCUCUUCCCUGCCUCUGCUAUGGACACUUCUGCUUUCAGCCUCCCCACGCCGGCAGUGUCGGAGGAGGGGAAUGCCUCUGGCAGCUGGGCAGGCUUCACCACCCCCAACGGCUCCACCACCGCCAGCCCUGGUGUGGUUGUCAGCGGUGUCCUCAUCCCCCUGGUCUACCUCAUUGUCUGCGUGGUGGGGCUGGCUGGGAAUUCUCUGGUCAUUUACGUGGUCCUGCGGCACUCUGUGAGCGAGUCGGUGACCAAUGUCUACAUCUUGAACCUGGCCCUAGCUGAUGAGCUCUUUAUGCUGGGACUGCCAUUCCUGGCUGCACAAAAUGCCCUGUCCUACUGGCCAUUUGGGUCUUUCAUGUGCCGCCUGGUGAUGGCCGUGGAUGCCAUCAACCAGUUCACCAGCAUCUUCUGCCUGACGGUGAUGAGCGUUGAUCGCUACCUGGCCGUGGUCCACCCGGGGAAGUCCUCCAAAUGGCGGACAGCACGGGUGGCCAAGGCUGUGAGCGCAACUGUGUGGGUGCUGUCUUCCGUGGUGGUACUGCCCGUGGUCGUCUUCUCUGACGUCCCUUUAGGGAUGAGCACAUGCCACAUCCAGUGGCCAGAGCCUGCCUCGGUGUGGAGAGCUGGCUUCAUCGUCUACACUGCCACCCUGGGCUUCUUUGGGCCACUGCUGGUGAUUUGUCUCUGCUAUCUUCUUAUCGUUGUGAAGGUUCGUUCCUCUGGCAGGCGGGUGAGGGCUCUGUCCUCCAAGCACAAGCUUUCAGAGCGCAGAGUGACUCGCAUGGUGGUGGCUGUUGUGGCUGUCUUCGUCCUUUGCUGGCUCCCCUUCUAUGUCCUCAACAUAAUCAAUGUCGUCUGCCCUCUGCCGGAGGAGCCAUCCCUCUUUGGUGUCUACUUCCUCGUGGUGGUGCUUCCAUACGCCAACAGCUGUGCCAAUCCUAUCAUCUAUGGCUUCCUCUCCUACCGCUUCAAGCAGGGCUUCCGGAGGGCCAUCCUCAGGCCGUCCCGCCGAGUCCAGAGCCAGGAGGUGCCAGAAUGCCCCCCAGACAAAACUGAUGAUGAAGGGGAAGAGGGUGAGAUCAGCAAGAUCACCCAGAAUGGUAAUGACAGGCAGGAGCAUCCCCUAAGCGGUGGGGAAGGAGAAAGCAAUGAGCAAAAACCGCUCCCUGAGGAGCCUGUGGGAUGCGAAAAGAGCAACAAGUUGCAUGUCAGUUAUUUAUGAUGAAAAAGAUGGUGCAGGGGAAAGAGACACUGAGACAUGGGAUCCCCUUCACCCUCUGUGUUUUUCCACCUCAGAGGCAAUGGGUGAUGUUGAUACGAGGGAAUGUUAAGGUCCAAGACUCUGACUGAAGAUGAAGAGGGCUCCAUGAACUUGUGGAAAAAAGCAAGGCAUUGUUCUUGGCUUUGGAAGGGACACCUGGGGUUUGUGUGGUACCAGGUAAAGGAAUGACUGCAUCUGGAGAAUGCUGAAGAGAUGAUGGGCACUGACAGUAUGGAGAGAGCAAGGUCAGCUCUAGAUUGCGUGACCUGUCCUUAGAUGACCCAGCUAUGAAGGGCAUCAGCCGCCAUCUGACUGUGGCACCUCAAGGAAGUCCUUAAAUGGCAUAUACAAGUGGGCAUCCCAAUGCCUUGAUUAUCUUUCUUAUAAAUGUGAGAAGCAGUUCACCCUAAAAAAAAAAAACAGGAAGGAAAAAUGUCCGCGAUGAAGACAUACCAGCCAGUUGCAUGAAUGGCUGACCUUUCUCUAGCUCUCCAACAAGUCUUGGGGACAACUUUCCUACCCAUGCUGGUUGUGGUUGGAGAGCACUCUGACUGCUUAAAGCGUCCUCUUUCUUUCCAGGGCUCUCAUGGACUCUGGGCAGGCUGAUGAGACUUACCUGGGAGAGCAAAUGGGACGUUUCUUUCCUGCACCUCUCAUUCUUCAGGGUUUCCCUGGUGCCUCUGCACCCUGGUAGAAGGUGUAACAAGAGUAGAGAAGAAGAAAACAAGGCAUGGGUUGGAGGAAGGAUUUCUUACAAGCUGAAAUGCCCUUUCCCUUUUCCUCUCCCUAAGCUGUAUUGUAAAUAAACACAAAGCCUUUGGACUUAAAAGGCCAA